ACUGCAGACCACUUCUGCAAACUGUUAAUGAUGACAUUACGCAUCGGUCUACAAAAUAAAAAUGACAAAUAUGCUGCUACGGAAUAGAAGGGAAGAGAUUUUGUCUUAAACAUGAGAACCUCUUUUCCCUCGGGACAGAGACUUUCUAAAAAAAUAUCUACAGUUGAUUCAAAUUAAAUAACUUGGCAAGCGUCGGCAAAAAGGAGUGUGAUUAGAACUCCAUCGUCCGCAAGUUUCAAUCCGGCUCUCCUCUGAAGACUUGCUGCAAAGUGUCACAGACUCCGGAAUGUUUUACACGACUUCCAAAUCAAAGUAAACCCUUUUCCCAUCCCCUGGCACUUAUGGGACAUUUCGGGAGCAAGAAGUUUCAUGGAAUACUGUCUCGUUCUAUCGCAAGAUAAGGGUCGAUAAUGCUUAUUUUGCUAUACCUCACAAGCUUUGUGCUCUUCUCAAGUGGACAGCCAUUAACCAAUAAGCUCAAAGGAGACCCCCAGCAACUAAGGUACGUCUGCAGUAUACCAGGAUUGCCAGGCCCUCCGGGUGCCCCUGGGGCUAAUGGAGCUCAGGGGCCUCAUGGACGCGUAGGUCUUCCAGGCAGAGAUGGGAGAGACGGCAGGAAAGGAGAAAAGGGGGAGAAGGGAACAGCAGGACUACGAGGAAAAACAGGACCUCUUGGAUCCAUUGGUGAGAAAGGAGACCAAGGAGAGAGUGGGAAAAAAGGGCCAAUAGGACCACCUGGUGGCAAAGGAGAACUGGGACCUGAUGGGCCACUUGGAACGAAAGGCGACAAAGGACAAAGGGGAGAGCGUGGGGAACCUGGCAUAUGUAAAUGUGGAAGUAUAAUGCUAAAAUCAGCUUUCUCAGUUGGAAUUACCACCAGCUACCCACAAGAAAGACUCCCAAUCCUAUUUAAUAAAGUCCUUUUCAAUGAAGGAGAGCAUUACAACCCUUUAACUGGGAAGUUCAUAUGUGCUAUUCCAGGAAUUUACUAUUUCUCUUAUGAUAUAACGCUGGCAGACAAGCAUUUAGCCAUCAGCCUGGUACACAACGGAGAAUACAAAAUAAAGACAUUUGAUGCCAAUACCGGAAACCACGAUGUCGCUUCAGGAUCAACACUUCUUUACCUAAAGCCUGAAGAUGAAGUGUGGCUUGAGAUAUUCUACACUGACCAAAAUGGUCUGUUUUCAGAUCCCGCGUGGGCAGACAGUUUAUUCUCUGGAUUCCUUUUAUACCCUGAUACUGAUUACCUGGAUGCAUUGUCAGAAGACGAUUUUUUGUGAUCUAUAGACUUGAUUAAAUGUUUCUUGCAGUUUUUGCAAAAUCAGAUAUGGUUGAUAUUAACAUUAUUAUUAUUAUUAUUAUUAAUUUGUGUGGUAAAAGCAAGGUUGUGCUUAUUUGGCAGAAUACAUCUGUGUAAUAACAAUUUUAAAAUCAGAGAUCAGACCAUGAGGCUACCAUUCCUAUGUUUGCAUACCGUAGGUUUGCCAUGAAAUGGGGCAUUUAUUUAUAUAGCACCUUCUGUGGUGAAGUCAUAUAGAGAUCAACUACCAUGGGUUUGCCUACCACUGCUCCAAAGGAUUUACCAAACUGCUGUUGUGGUGGCUAUGUGGCUAUGGCACUCGGCUGAGACCGACUCAUCAGCAGGUUCACCAUUUUCACCUCAUCCAGUAGAAAAUUAGUCUGGUAGCAAGAGAUACAUUACGUUUACCAAUGGGGAGACAAAUCCAAAACAAAACAAAAUGUGCAAACGGUUGGGUUCUGUUCACUAAACCUUUAUUGUAGCUGUAAAGCUUAGCAACAA